AUGAUUUACUCUCUACUGGAAUAACAUCUUCAAAACGAACUUCUUGGAUCAAAGCAUCAACUCACAGAGUUCCAAUUGGUCAAUGUUUCUGAUAAUAUCUAUUAGGAUACCAAAGAUUUCAAAUAUUUCCUGAACAUUGCAAAUCAAACACAAUCUACCCUAAUUGUUCAGUCCUACAAAUUUGAAUACGAAUACAACUUUGAGAACAACACAGUAGAAUAACUAAAUUGCCUGAUUGAGUAGGCGAAUGAUGAUCAAACAAGUAUUUCAAUUAAUUUGCUCUAAUACCAACAUCCAAUUCCAACCCUAUUAAUCAAAAAAGCCUUCAUCAAAAAACAAACACCUUAACCAGCACUCCAACCUCAUUAAAUUCACACAUUGAUUUCUUCAAAUUCCAAAUAUCAAAAAACAGAAGUUUCUCACUCAAAUUUGGACCUCGUUGAAAGAUCCCAAAACAUCGUUUACAAAGCAGCUGAUCAAGAGAAAGUAAGUAAAAAAAGAGUUAAGGUUGAAAAAUCACAACCCAUUGAUAUCGAUUCUAUAAAAAUGACCAAGGUUCAAGAGAUUGCAGAAGCAAAAACCAAACUGGAAGUCAAUGUAACUAAGUAAUUGUUUAAGUAAUAACAAAAAAAACAUGAUGAGAAAAACCAAAAUCAAUAACUGAAAUCACUAGUAAGGAAACUCGACAUUCCAGAAAAAUGGAAGUAAGUCUCUUAAGAAUUCAGUGCUUCUCACAAGAAAGUAUGGGACAUCAAAUAUUAUGAGAAACUGGUCUUGUUGACAGAAUCCAUUUCCAAAAAAUAUUUCUAUCAACACAUCUUUAAAGAAUGCAUAGAGGAAGAAUAUUAAAAGAAAUUCAUUAGAUAUGCUUUGCCUCCUGAUCUGAAGGAUCCAUCCAUAAUAAAAAAGAGGAAAGUCUAUAGUAAAGAUGUUGUUUGUGCUCUUUUUGAAUGA